ACUCACUCAUUAUACGUGGAUACCGGAUCAAACGCCACCUUCACCCUUUCUUACUACAAAACUUACACGUGCCACUUCCUCAUGCAACUAUUCAACCCACAAUAGUAAGUUUCUUGACCCAAAAAAACUGUCUCCAUAUUCACCACUGAAAACAUUCCAAACCCUUUUCCAAUUCCAACAACAAAAGAAAAAAGAAAAAAUGAGCCAUGGCCAACCAAAUAGGCUUCAAGAAGAGAUUCAAAACCAAGAACCUAUCAAAUAUGGUGACAUUUUCAAUGUCUCCGGUGACUUAGCAUCGGAAACAAUUUCUCCACAAGCAGCUGCUGCAAUGGCUGCAGUGGAAUCCCGCGUGUUUGGACAACAACAACGGGGAAGUCCUGCUGCAGCCAUGCAGGCGGCUGCGGUGAUCAACGAGGCUGCGGUGAUCAACGAGUCAUCUGGACAAUGUCUCGUUGGUCGUCAUGGUAUAGCCGAAAUGGCAAAAGACCAUGUUAUAUCUGUAACACAAACAACGGCUGAAGGCCGUCGUGUUGUGACGGAAGAGAUUGAUGGUCAGGUUUUAGGACGGCGCGUGGAUCCUGACUUUGUGCCUAUGAAUAUGGGAUCGGCUGCUAUUGAUGGCGAUCCGAUAACUAUCGGAGAGGCUCUUGAAGCGGCUGGUUUAUCGGUUGGAGAUAAACCGGUGGAUCAGAAUGAUGCUGAUGCGAUCAGUGCUGCUGAGAUUAGGGCCACCGGAGAGAAGUGUGUGAAGCCUGGUGGUGUCGGAGCGUCGGCGCAAUCUGCUGCUACUCUCAACAGUAAUGUUAAUAGCCGUGAAGAGAUGACAAAACUUUCUGAUGUGUUAACUGAUGCCACGGAUAAGCUGACUGCGGACAAGGCAGUGACGAAGGAAGAUGCAGAUGCUGUGUAUGAUGCUGAGAUACAUAAGAAUUCAUCAACACAAGUGACGAAUAAUGCUGAACCUGGGGGAGUAGCUGCAUCCAUGGCCACAGCAGCUAAGCUUAACCAACAAACAUGAAGAACCAUGGUCUUUUACUAAUUUCCUUUUUCUUUUUGUUUUUUUGGUUUAAAUAAGCUUAACUUGACAGUAUACUAAACGUUUCAUGUAAAUUACUACCUUAGUUUUAAAUUGCUGUUCUAAUUAGUAGGUACUUAUCUAAGUACUUUUGAGUGAUUUUACUUGUGGUGACAUUGAACAGUACUUAAGGAACUUAUUUUUAACUUAACCAAAGUCUCAUAUUCAAGUACUUAGAUGAGAUGACAUUACAAGUUU